AUGGCUCUGGGGACACAGCGGGUCGGACGUGUAACUUACUUCUUGACGCAGAGUAUCACAAGUCAGCUAAGCCAGCGUCAUAGCUCGAUCCUUUUGCACGCGAAGAGAGGAGAGGCUGCCAAUGUGUGGCCGUCUGGUGAAUUGUCCGGGAACAAUGUGGAAACACCCGAGAGGGUCAGUCCGGCGUACAGCAGUAGUAUGGGCUGGGAGAAUGGUGCUCAAACCGAUAUCCUUGUCUGA